ACGAAAUGAAAAAAAAUGAAUUCAAUGAUUACAGCCAAGUUUUAUGUCACUUUUUGAAUUCGAAUACAUUUUACAUCGUAUUAACAGUUCACAGCAAUGGGUGAUGGACAAUUUAAACCGGGCGUUGCAGCCAUCAUUAUCAUUGCCAUUGGAAUAUUGAUUUUAACAUUGUUAUUCAUAUUUGCUAAACGUCAAAUUAUGCGUUUAGCACAAAAAUUUCCAACCGAUGGUCCACAUGCUCCAAUUGGUUAUGCUGCACCGAAAGAACUUUGUCAUAAAAUUGAACGUCGUUUAAAUGAUAUUCGUUCAAUACGUUAUGAACCAAUUUUAUUGAAUUCAGAUAAUCUUCACUGUUCAGAAGCCAAUGUAACAAAAUAUAAACACAUUUAUCGAAUGAAAACGGUUGAUAAUUUAAAAGAUUUAGAAAAAUUUAUUAUUGAUUCAUAUGGAAUGGACGAUGAAACAACAAAACGUCGUCGUCAUCCUGAUCAAGAUAUACGACAAUAUCUUCUUAAUCUACAACAACAAAAUGGUCCAAUGAGCCAUUGUGAUCCAAUUAUAAUCAAUGAAUUAGUCGAUAUUUACAUACAUGCACGUUAUGAUCCUGAACCAGAUUUCGAUAGUGAACAUUAUGAACGUUUUCAUUUAUUAAUGGAACGAUUAAAAGCACAGAUUAUACCGAAAAUUCCAGAUACAACAACAUCUAAUGAAAAAAUAUCACCAACAAAAAUUGUACAAAGAAAAGGUAUUGGCAGAGGUUUAGCGACAAAUCUUUCAUUUAAAAAUCUUGCCAAUCUUUCAUCAUCAUCAACAAUGAUGAUGAUGGCUAAAGAUAAUAAAACCGAUGAAACAUGUGUUUGAUUGAUUUUAAUUUAAUGAAUAUAAAUGAUUUACAUGUGAA